UCUCAUUAGAGAUUAGACCCCAUCCAUAUCUCGCAACAUAAAAUUACUUUUUCUUACCGUACACUAACUGCUUUAAUUAUUCACUUUGAUCUGAUUGUUUUUGUCUUCGAUUCUACAUUUGCCUAACCUCUAGUGCUGAUAGUGUUCUAUCAAAUUUAUCCAUUUGCAGGUCUUGCGUUACUUGCAAUUUGAAAUUGCGUAACAAAGGAAGUCAUUCCAUGUUCAGAUGGCAAAUUUGAUUCUUUUCUUGAAGCAGAGGAAGUUUGUCAACUUUUAACUGGCCAGUAACUAUUUGGUAACUAAGGAGCAGACUCUCGUUUUUAUAAGGAAUUAGACUACUUUCAAAAUGCUUUCGUAUGAGCAAGAUCCUGAUGUUGUUCGGUGGGGUCUUCAGCUAUUUGAUGGUGAUCCAUACUCUAAUUGUGGCUAUUGUAGCACUAUCCCUCAAAAUAGCACAGGAUGCUAUGAAAAUCACUAUGGUUCAGUAUUUAGUAACGUAGAGGAAAAUGAGCUGGCUGCAAACUCACUUGAACAACAAUUUUCUUAUUUUACACUUACCGACCAGCCACAAGAUUUCCUCCAAGGAGCGGAAAAUGCACAGACAUCUUGUUAUCAACAACAGUGGUUCAAUCAGUCUAUGGAAAACUACCCAUUCGAUGAGAAUGGUAAUGAAGAGGGAACAGACUUGGUAACUUCCAGUGCAUAUCCUACUCCUGGAGGAGAGUCAUAUUCUGGUGAAUGGUCAUACUCAACGGAACUCAUGGAUGAGAAUGCUCUGGAUGGUGAAUUAGGCAGAAGGUUGAACCAAAUGGUUCCAAUUCCUCACAUCCCUAGAAUUAAUGGAGAUAUACCAUCUCUCGACGAAGCAACUUUAGAUCAUCAAAGGCUUCUGGAAAGAUUGCAGGUUUACCAGCUGGUAGAGUGUAAAAUUCAAGGUGAUGGUAAUUGUCAGUUUCGAGCUCUGUCUGAUCAAUUUUACCGAACUCCUGAGCAUCAUGAGUUUGUGAGACAAGAAGUUGUGAACCAGCUGAAGUCAAGCCCAGAGACUUAUGAAGGAUAUGUUCCUAUGGCUUACGAUGAUUAUUUGGACAAGAUGUCCAAGAAUGGUGAGUGGGGUGAUCAUGUGACUUUACAAGCUGCUGCAGAUUCGUAUGGUGUAAAAAUAUUUGUCAUAACUUCGUUCAAGGACACCUGUUACAUUGAGAUACUACCCAGCAUUCAAAAAUCUGAACGAGUUAUAUUCUUGAGCUUCUGGGCUGAGGUUCACUACAACUCUAUAUACCCUGAAGGAGAUUUAACCACAUUUGGGACUAAGAGAAAGAAGAGGCGAUCAUUUCCUCGCCAGGAGCAUUUCGAAAUUCCAGAUGAUUUCAGUUGAUAAAAUAUGAUUCGAAAGAUAGCAGCUGUCUUGCACCUGCAAAACCUGCCGUGCUGCCAUGCCGAACUCUUUAUCAUUGUCAAUUCAUGCCAGACAAAGCAAGCAUGAUAUCAAUUGUAUUGAUUCAUAAAUGUAAAGAUUUCUGUUCUUUGCAACACUGGUGCGCCAAUAAUGUUUCCCAUGUGAACAGGCACGUCUUCUUGAUAAUUGGCAGAAUGUUGUCUUCAUCUAAUCUCAACUUUGUUAAUAUGGAUAGAAUCCUGUAUUCCUGUUCUUCAUACUGGAUGCUUUGUUGCGCAAUAUUUUCAGGUUCAGUUUAACAACAAUAUUUCAGGGCUUCUAGU